UACAUAUUUUGAUCUAAUGCUCUUGGGGGUGGAUGAAAAAUUUAGCACAAUCCCAGUGGAAAGUUUCAGCUAGUAAUAUUUUGCCCCAGCAAAAUUUGGCACCCUUGUAUUUCUCUCUGACAUGACUGAAAGAAUAAUACAUUUCCAGAGCUUUCUUUAAUGGUCUUUGCUGAUUUCAUUUGUUGUGUUUAUGCUUUAGAGGGAAGAAGCUGACUGUUACAGAUUAUAGAUUUUAAUGAACAUCUCAAUAAUUUACCAGUUGCUGGAAUCAUGAGCUAGGUUUGGAGUGCAGCACUACAAACGAGAGAAUUCAUAAGCGACACAUCACACCAGACAAUUCUUACUGUUGGUUUCUGGAUGGUUUGCUCUGGAUGGUUUGCUCCUUGUCUACACUAAAAGAGUUAAUUAACACACUCAUGCUCAUGCUCACAGGCACGCAUUCACAGGCACCAAGUAUUUUACAGUGUUUAUGUGCAUUGAGCAUUUGAUUGGUACCUUUAAAUAUGAGAGGAAUUGUUUUUCUUUCUCUCUGUGUCCAGAGACCUUAAAUAUCAUAAGUUUAUGAAAUAUUUACUACUUCUUAGGGAGCCUUUAACUAGCAGCCAGAGCUAUAUCAUAUGAAAGACAUAUAAUAACCUGUCAUUUUACUUGGCCACUGUGCUGUUUGGUAGGAAAAACAUAAAUUUUUAUUAGAUAUGAUAAUAUCUAUAUCUGUAUACAAUAUACAAUCCAAAAUGUAUUUAAGAAAAAGAGUAUCUUUCAAAGGUGAAGUCUUAAUUUCUUUGCCUGCUUUUCUCUCAAUACUUUUUUAGGCAAUCUGGUUACAUUGUGGGGUAGGACACGUACAUGUACGCUGUCAAAUACCUUCACUUUCAUGGUUCAUUUGCACAAGUGAGAUUGACAUUCUUGUGGCGUUCUUAUUUUUACUUAUUUGUUACUCCAUCACGAUAUAAACAUAAUUAACCAAUAAGUGGAAGGGGAAAGGAGACAUUACAACUAGAUGGUGCCUGUGAAUGCCUCAUACUGUGGUCAAAUGAAAAGAGUGUUUGCAGCAAUUAAUCAAUAGCACAAGUAGUUUUCUGCCAAUGUUAAACAUUUUGUUUAACAAACAGUAUCUUUAAAAGCAAAGAAUUAAAAAAUAUAUAUUCUUAAAGUCUCUUUUAACUGGUAUGUUAAUGGUACAUAUGGUACAAUGGUAUGACCUCUACUGUAUUUCUUUAAAAAAGCAAGUAAAAUAAAAUGUAUUACAAAUUAGAUGAACCCAGGCAUAUAAUUAUAUUAAUUAAAACAGCAAAACUUUUGUUUCUACCCACAUCUUUUGGGAAUAGAUGUAGUUGUUACUUUAACAUUCUAGUUUUGAUGAUUAGCUGCUGAGAGGUAUCUUGAAUUUCAUACCUGACAUUUUAUAACAUGAAGAUUUUUUUUUCCAUUUCAUAACUGCACCCAUCAAAUUCCCUUUUGAAAUGAAAGACUAUAUAGGGCUUUAACUCUCGCUUUCAGGGAGGAGUUUCAUUUGUCAGCUGCAUAUUUCUGCAAAUUUUAUCUUCCUUUCACUCUACAGAGCAGCCUGUCCUAGAAUAAGUUUAUUACAUCUCUUGUAUCCUCUGGUGAAUGUACAAUGCCUACUUCCAGCCAACCGCUAGAGGGGCACUUGAGAGCAAUACGUACUGCACCCUCCACUUGAGAGACUGUGUCACCUUUUCUUCUCAGGCUGGCAAAGGCUGGAAUCACUGCAGGAGUCUCUAGAAGUUGCUCCUGAGCCCACAUGUUCUCAUGGCAGUGUGAAGUUCUACAUUAUACUAGUUGUAGUGAGAGAUCACAUUUAGAAAAGAUUUUGACGACUUUUGGAUGUCUUCCAAGCGACCAGCCUCUCCGUAUGGGGAAGCAGAUGGAGAGGUAGCCAUGGUGACAAGCAGACAGAAAGUGGAAGAAGAGGAGAGUGACGGGCUCCCAGCCUUUCACCUUCCCUUGCAUGUGAGUUUUCCCAACAAGCCUCACUCUGAGGAAUUUCAGCCAGUUUCUCUGCUGAGUCAAGAGAAUUGUGGCCAUAGGACUCCCACUUCUCAGCACAACACAAUGGAAGUUGAUGGCAAUAAAGUGAUGUCUUCAUUUGCCCCGCACAACUCAUCUACCUCACCCCUGAAGGCAGAAGAAGGUGGGCGUCAGAGUGGAGAGUCAUUGUCCAGCACAGCUCUGGGAACCCCUGAAAGGCGCAAAGGGAGCCUAGCAGAUGUUGUAGAUACCCUAAAGCAGAGGAAAAUGGAAGAGCUCAUCAAAAAUGAGCCAGAAGAAACUCCCAGUAUUGAAAAGCUACUAUCAAAGGACUGGAAAGACAAGCUUCUUGCCAUGGGAUCAGGGAACUUUGGAGAAAUAAAAGGGACUCCAGAAAGCCUAGCUGAGAAAGAAAGGCAGCUUAUGGGUAUGAUCAAUCAGCUGACCAGUUUACGGGAGCAGUUGCUGGCAGCUCACGAUGAACAGAAGAAACUGGCUGCGUCACAAAUUGAGAAACAACGCCAACAAAUGGAGCUAGCUAAACAGCAACAAGAACAGAUUGCAAGACAACAGCAACAGCUCCUGCAACAGCAACACAAAAUUAACCUUCUGCAGCAACAGAUCCAGCAGGUCCAAGGACAGCUGCCUCCAUUAAUGAUUCCAGUAUUCCCUCCAGACCAACGAACUCUAGCAGCAGCUGCUCAGCAAGGAUUCCUCCUUCCUCCUGGUUUCAGCUACAAGGCAGGAUGCAGUGACCCUUACCCUGUUCAGCUGAUCCCAACUACCAUGGCAGCUGCUGCCGCAGCAACACCAGGCUUAGGCCCACUUCAACUGCAGCAGUUGUAUGCUGCUCAACUUGCUGCAAUGCAAGUGUCUCCAGGAGGCAAGAUACCUGGCAUACCCCAAGGCAACCUUGGUGCUGCUGUAUCCCCUACCAGCAUCCACACAGACAAGAGCACAAACAGUCCUCCACCCAAAAGCAAGGAUGAAGUGGCUCAGCCACUGAACCUCUCAGCCAAGCCCAAGACAUCAGAUGGCAAAUCUCCCACAUCGCCCACCUCUCCUCAUAUGCCAGCUCUGAGAAUAAACAGUGGGGCCAGUUCACUUAAAUCUUCUGUGCCAGCAACAUUAGCUAGCCCUUCAGCCAGAGCUAAUACAAUAGAUAUCCUUUCUUCUAUCACGUCGUCAGGUUAUUUAAAUGACCACGAUGCUGUUACCAAGGCAAUUCAGGAGGCCCGACAGAUGAAGGAGCAGCUUCGGAGGGAGCAACAGGUGCUUGAUGGGAAGGUGGCGGUUGUGAAUAGCCUGGGUCUGAAUAACUGCAGGACAGAAAAGGACAAAACAACACUGGAGAGCCUGACUCAACAACUGGCAGUAAAACAGAAUGAAGACGGGAAGUUUAGCCACGCAAUGAUGGAUUUCAACAUGAGCGGAGAUUCUGACGGAAGUGCAGGUGUCUCAGAAUCUAGAAUUUAUCGGGAAUCCAGAGGGCGUGGCAGCAAUGAGCCCCAUAUCAAGCGUCCAAUGAAUGCCUUCAUGGUGUGGGCUAAAGAUGAGCGAAGAAAGAUCCUUCAAGCCUUCCCCGACAUGCACAACUCCAAUAUCAGCAAGAUACUUGGAUCUCGCUGGAAAGCUAUGACAAAUCUAGAGAAGCAGCCAUACUACGAAGAGCAGGCCCGACUCAGCAAACAGCACCUGGAAAAGUACCCAGACUACAAAUACAAACCAAGGCCAAAACGUACCUGUCUUGUAGAUGGCAAAAAAUUGCGGAUUGGCGAGUACAAGGCAAUCAUGCGCAACAGACGCCAAGAGAUGAGGCAAUAUUUUAACGUUGGGCAGCAAGCACAGAUUCCGAUUGCUACUGCCGGUGUAGUCUACCCGGGAGCCAUUGCCAUGGCAGGAAUGCCUUCUCCACAUUUGCCCUCAGAGCACUCAAGUGUGUCCAGCAGCCCAGAGCCUGGGAUGCCUGUAAUCCAGAGCACUUACGGUAUCAAAGGUGAAGAGCCUCACAUCAAGGAGGAGAUGCAGACCGAUGAUGUCAAUGGAGAAAUGUAUGAUGAAUAUGAUGAAGAAGAGGAUGACCCUGAUGUGGACUAUGGCAGUGACAGUGAAAAUCACAUUGCAGGGCAAGCCAACUGAUAAGGAUCCAAGUAUUGUAUGACCUAAAGGACUUCAAGGAAAAAAAAAAAGCCCCAUCUGGUUAAACUUUACCAGUGGUCAAGCACAUUAACUUUCUCAUACACUGACUGUUACUUUAACUGUUAGUCUUAACUAGUUGGGACAUCAGCUGUCUAAUAGACAUCAGCCUGCAUCAAAAAAUGAAAAAGGCUCAGAAGAAAGGAAACAAUGACAACGACGAUGACAACAACAGAAAGAAAUAAGCUAUGGGUAAAAUAAUGCCAGUAAUUCAGCUGCUAUACCCAAGCACUGAAGUCUUACCCGUCGACCUUUUAUUAUUAUUUUUUUUUCAAAUAAACUUUAUGGCUGUUUGUUCUACAAUGUUCUAGAAAUUCUCACUCAGGUACACAGUGCCAACAAGUGGCUUGUGAAUGUGUUUUGUUGUUUUGUGCUACAGUUUAAAGAGAAAUAAGAUUUUUUUUUUUUGGUAAUGCACCUGACAGGAAAAAAAAAAAGAGAUGAAAUUCCGUUUACCUCCCUAUCUCCUCCUCUAGCUCCUCUCCUGCAGAUUUAGCAUUAGAGGCACAUGCACAUUGCACGUGUGCAUAUGUCUGGCAGGGAAGAGAGUAGAGGGGAGUCUGUUUCUAUAAACCCCACAAAGCAGUUAUUUCCCUUCUAGAGAGGACUUCUCUUCAUCAGUUGCACACCACACUAAGUCUCUGAGCAAGUGCCAAAUUUGUACUGAAGCGCUGAACUAGUCCAGUUUUAUUUUUUUUGAUUGGUCUCUUUUGUUUUUGUUUCCUGUUCCGUCUUAAGUUAGGACAUCGUUAUGUCUUAGACAAUCCCUUGAAAAACAUGAUAUACCAGCAGCUGGUGAGAUUAGACACGUUUCUUGAGUUUUUUUGUUUUUUAAAGGAAACUGUAGGUGCCGUUCUCAGGUGAAAAAGAGAGAGAAAGACAUAAGAAAUUUAGAGAAAAAUAUUUUAUGAUCUUGGAUUUUCGUGCGUGCAUAUUUAUGGUACUAAUAAUAUUGGACCAUUGUGAACAAAAAAUAACAUGUUCCAGGAUGAAAUCCCACACCCUGCCAAUGAUUCGGCCUGUAAGGAGCCUUUGCUUUUAAUUUACACUUCAAAUGGCAGCAUAUAUAGACGAUUGUUCAGAAUGUAACCUCACCUAUUUAUUACAGGGCAGGGAAAUUGGAAGCAUUGAUUUAGGCAUGAGCCUAAAUAGAUUAAUCUGAUGUCCAGUUUUAAUGGACAUCAGAUAGCAUAUGGGGCUGUGUUCGGAUCUCUCAUCCCAUGAGGCAGAUUUUGACUAAUAUUUUGCUCCCCCUAUACAUUGGUAUCAGUAGGAUGCCUGUGCAUGGAGAAAAAAGAAAAUAUCAAAGAGGAGAUUCAAAUCUGGCAGUAGAGUUUGACCCACCCCCUCCCCCAAUAGGAUGGGGUAUACCCAGACUCAACAAUUUGCAGGACUGCAGACCAGAAAAUAACUAUUUCCCCUAUGCUCCAAUAACACAUUUUCAAUACUAUCCAGAAUCUGAUUUUCUCUGUUAUCUUACUUUUUAAAUUCUUCUGUAGUGAUAUGCAUCCUUGUUGAAGACGGUAGAGUCUCACACAUGCAGCUGGGCAGAAUUUAGCCCAUUUUAUUUUCCACUGAAUAUUAAAAAAAAAAAGAAAAACACAGUGAGAUAGAGCCUCCUUGUGUUUCCUGACUCUGAUCCUCUACUGAAGAAGAAUGUCCAGUUUGUGUAGGAAGAUGGAAGAUUUAAAUCUAUACCAAACAUCACAAACAAACAAAAAGGCUACCUCUGAUUUCAAAUAAAGGCUAUCAGAGAUUUCCCCACUGUCCUAGGAAACAGUGUCUCAUGUUACAGAAAGAAAAACAUUCCACUGAGGCGCCUGUUUGCUAACAUGGGGUUCCUUCCUGUUUCUCGCAGCCAUAGUCUUAACUCACAGCAGGAGUCUCAUCAUUAUCUAUUGGUCUCCUUAUUUGAGUAAAGACUAUAUGUUCAUUAGAGCCCAUUGCUAACCAAAUAGAAAGAGGUUGGAGAUUUGAGGGCCUGACUGUGCAAGGGGCCCUUGUGCCAGCCAAAUUUUAGACAGUAGAGCAAUCAGCUCACAGAAAUCCAGUUGCAGGACUGGGGCCUUUCUUUGCCUGAAGAAAUACCACUUGAAGUGUAACAUUACUCUGCAGACCUUGCAAAGCAAAUGACAAACAUAUGCCAUUUAAGAGUUAGGACAAUACUCUGACCAGAGGUUUGGAUACAUGAUAUUUUCACCCUACACCAUCUAUUUUUAUUCUUUUACUUUUCUGCUUUUGAUUUCUGAAUCAAAAAUUCUUUCUUUUCCACUCUCUCUCUCUCUCUCUCUCUCAAAAAGCUUGCUCUGAGGUUAUGCUUGGAGUAGCUGAUCUUCUCCUCCAUGUCAGAGAGUUUGUUUUUUAUUUUAUUUUUUUUGGUUGUAUUUGAGGACUGUAUUUUUCAGUUGAACUGCCUCUUCUUGCUAGUGUUGUAAUGGUAAUUAUAAUAAUAAUAAUGGUCAGCUGUUCCCAGAUUAGUAAAUUAUGUAUAAUUUAUUUUAUUUCCCUUUUUCUCCUACUUUAUUCUGUUCUGAUUUGGCAGUACAGCAAAUGAAGAUGUUAAGAUAUUUAAAAAUGAUACUGACAUACUGCUCCUCCCCCCCACUUUUUUUACAUAUAUACAUAUAAAAAAAUCACUUCUUCCUUUGCUUACACCAUUCCUUUUUCCUUAUUUUAAUUUGGCCCCAGUCAUGUCAACUUCCGAUGUUUAUUAUGAUGGAGUGAAUUAAUGGGAGUGUUGUUUUCUAUCUUAAUUAACUUCUGCUCUCUCAUCACUCAUUUUAGUUAUUUAAUUACACCAGUCAUCUAGAGCCAAUUUUUGAAGUACUCUGUUUGGAUAAGAAGAAAAAAACAGACAAUUGUUUUUAAAUCAUUAUUAUGUACAAUGUGAAGACAGGUAUUUGCUCCUUUCCAACCCUCUCCUCCCCCCCUUCCUCCCCCCCGCUUUUAUUUUUAAAUUUGGUCCCAGUCUUUGUGAACAAAUUCUGACUCUUGUGGGUUUACCUCACAUUUGCUGGAUGCUUGAUUUCCACCAUGUUAUAGAGAUGCUCUGAUUUAAUUACAUCACUUUGGGCUAUGAGAAUACUUUGUUUUAGUUCCAGGUAGGUGCCACUGAGGCAGGUAUGGUUGGAGCAAAUCUCAAGCAUAGAGGGUGAAAUCCUGGCUGAGUGAAACCAAUGGAAAACUUGCCCUUGACUUCAACAGAACCAGAACUUACCCAAAAACUGUGGGCUUGAGCCUGCAGACCUCACUCAUGGGAGCAGCCUGUGAACGAGAAGUACUUGUAUACAAGUAAAGGCUGCAGGCCUGAGCCCUAUUUUAGAUAAUGGGUGGGUGUGAAAGAACUCCUUUUGGGGGCAAGCUGUGCUUUAUAUACUGUGUUGUCCUUGACUAAGGUUCAGAAUGAAUGCUAAAAAGAGACAAAGGAAAAUGCUUACAUACAAACGUCAGUCUGUGAAACUAUGCUAGGACCUGGGGUUUGGUCAAAUUUUCAAAUGGGUAACUUGAACACACUAUGCACUCCCAGCAUGGGGGUGCUGAAACUGAUGCAACCAUGUAAAAAUGGCUCUGAGGUCUCAAGACAAAAUUUAAAAUAAUCCUGAAUUGCUUUGCUGGAUCAGAGCCAGAGUGCCCAUUUAUGUGUAGUGAAACACCCAUGUUUGAGAAUGUGGCCCUGCUUACCCCAUUUGAUUUCUUUAAAGAAAAAAUGGAUAUUUAGAGAAGGUGUUCUUGUCUUGUUUCUUUCUUUUCCUGGGUCUGCGUGCCUUAUGGUGCCAAGAGAAACCAGGUUAGAAGAGAUUAGGAUAGUAUUAACCUAAAAGGGCAUAAAUGGCCUAGCAUAUACAUUGGCCUAACUCCCUUCUUUCCUGGGAAUCAGGAGAUUGAUGAUCUUGUUAGAAUGUUGUGUUGGCCACACAUUCCGUUUCCUCUUAAAUCGGGGUAGCUCCUUUCUCCAGUAUGGCUUGUGCACUUCUUAGAGAACAAUAUCCGCAGUAAGGAAUAGGGGGAAAAAGAAAACACAAGGCACUGGCUUCUAAGCUCAAUGAAAUAACAGAGUAUAUCCUUUCUCAAUUUCUUCAUGCCUUAUAUUAGUAAAAUAGGAUUUUUUAAGUGCAUUUAACAUCUUUAUUUAACCGUUCCACUAUAUUAAUCAGGACCCCAGAAAAGAACACUAGCUAUUAUUAUAGCAUUUAAUUAGUUUGUAACCAAAUCCUCUUAUUACAAAUGCAUAUGGAAGAAAUUCUUUCUUCAUAGACAUUAUUUCAAAGAUUUGGUUUAUGCAGUAGACUCUUUUUAAUUAAAUCAUUUUUUAGAAAAGUAAAUUGUCUUUAACCUUUUUACAGCACAUUUUCAGAGCUUUUUCUUUUUUUAAUCCAAAGAGAUGAGCUGUUAUUGUCCCCGAAGAAGCCUCUGACAUCACAUUUGUAACAUCAAAAAUAAUUAUACUCAGUGGAAACGUGGACUUCACUUAGCAAGAAUUCAUCUGCUAGGAUUAAUGGCAACUACAUAAUAUAUCAGAUGUUUAAGGGCGUGGUUUAUCAAAUAUGAAAUAUUUUUGUCUGCCCACUUCUUGAUAGAAUCAUAUCUUCAAUUCUGCAAGGAUAUGUGAAUAAUUCACUAGAUGUGGAUUCAAGUGUAUCCUCAAAUUCACAGGGCAUAGGGUGGAUGUUUAACUUGCUUUAUAUUUACAUUUUUUUCAACUUUAUCUUAACUUGUCGGUUUCCCAGAUUGAAGAACAUGUCAAGUUUGUUUUUCUACUGACUGAUUUCUCUAUUCCCCAGUGUUUUUUGUCACUGGUUUGCUGAAACAGUAUUUAUAUGGCUCCAUUGGCUCUAAAGCUCUUACUCCUAACAUUUUGGAUUUUACAACUGAAAAGAAAAUAGAAAAGAAUAUAGAGACAAUCAAAUGCCUGGAGCUUAAAACAAAGUAUGUGCAACCUACCAUCUCACUUGAAAUUUAAUAAAAGAAAUAAUUAUGUAAAUAUAACAUAGAGUUAUAGAUUUAUAUUUUGUUCAUAACACAUAGUGUAAUAUAAGUUGUAUAUUUUCAUGUUUUGGUUUUAUGUUAUCAUUCAUGCCACAAUAAAUAAAAAACAAGAGUUGAUGUACUCUUUAAAAAAAUGUGGGUUGCCACCAUCCUGGUUUUUCUUUUUUUUUUUUUUUAAUUCCCCAUUUUUUUUCAGUAUUAUUGCCCUGCAAGGCACCAAUAAAAACAGCAAAUGUGUUCUUUACUUA